AUGCCUUCAUCACCGGAGAACACAGUCGCCUUCAUUGGCAUUGGCGUGAUGGGGUACCCGAUGGCAAAGAAUUUACGGAAGGGUCUGGACGCUACCACGACUCUACUUAUCUCUGACAUCAGCGAGGAAGCUCUGGAACGCUUUCAAACCGAGACGGCUGGCAAAGGGCCCGUCGAAAUCGUCAAAAACGGCUUCGAGGCGGCAAAGGCAGCUAACACCGUCAUUACCAUGCUUCCGGGCUCAGAGGUGGUCAAGGCAGUCUACCUGGACCCCCAAACCGGCAUUCUUGCCGGCGCAACAUCAUCAGCACCGACACCAGGAGGAAAGCUCAUCAUGGAAUGCGGCACGAUCGAGACCGAGACCAUCAAUACAGUAGCCAAGGCGGCCCAGGAGGCCAGCAGCGCCUCCACGCCGGUCACUUUCGUCGACGCGCCCGUCUCGGGUGGGCCCAUGGGCGCCGCCGCAGGCACGCUGACCUUCAUGGUGGGCUGCGAACCGGCCGCGUCCAUGACUGCAUUCCCAGCAGCAAAGUCAUACCUUCAGCACAUGGGCAGCGCGGAUGGUAUCUUCCUGUGCGGUGACGUCGGGGCGGGUACGGCAUUCAAGGUGAUCAACAACUAUCUGAGCGCGAUCACGUCGCUGGCUGCGUCUGAGGCACUCAACAUCGGGGUCAAGGCAGGUUUGGACCCAUCUCUGCUGACCGAGGUGAUCAAUGCCAGUGGCGGGCAGUGCUGGGUGACGAGCAAGAGCAACCCCGUUCCCGGGGUGCAGGAGGGUGUGCCCAGCAGCCGGGGCUACGAGGGCGGGUUCCGCAUCGAGCUCUGCGCGAAAGUUCUAGCCAUGGGCUCGCGCCUGGCUGAGAUGGUCGGGGCGCGCACGGUGUUGGACAAGCCGACUUUGGAGGCGUUUGAGGAGGCGAUGAAGGAUUCGAGAUACCAGGGAAAGGAUGCGAGAGUGGUCUAUAAGUGGUUGAAUGAGAGUAAGAAGUAG